UGAGUUUAAUUCGUUAGACAGAGUGCUCAAUAGAUGUAUCUGAGUGAAACAAGCAAAAUUUGAGGCAAGAUUUUUCCAGAUAAUUAAUAAAGAAGUGGUUUAACUUUGAAAUAGAAGCUGAUUCAAGAUGAUCAAUAGCCCAAGAAAAAGGAAGUUAAGCAGUGUGUUAUCACCAGAGUCUGGCUUUUCACUUCACACUCCAAAAAAGGUCAGAGAAACUGAAAACGAUGUGAGACGAUCACCGAGGCUGAUGUCUCUUAUUCCACAUCUUGGAACUUCACCAAGCAUCAAAGCAUGCAAGACUAUUUAUCCAUCAUCUCCAAGAACACCAACGGGCAAAGAAAACUUAACAACAUCACCUCAUCGUCUUGUGUAUUUAUCUAGGAGAAAUAUGGAUGAGGGUUCUCCAAGACACUCACCGAGGAUUUGUACUGAAAGUUUUUAUCAAAGAAAAACUCAAUACUUAGAUCCUCUUCAGAGAAAAGCCUUGGGAAUUAGGAAAGCUUUAAUUUCAGAUUUGAAAAAUGUGUCACAAAUAAAACACCUUAAAUCAACUAAUCUAAAAUACCGAACAACUCAGAAGCGCAAGACUGCAAUUAGAAAGUUAAAUUCUAAUAGUAACAAUGCCAUGGUAUUGCAUAAGCAGAAAUAUCAACCUAACACUUUAGAUGCUGUAGUAACUAAACCUAUUAAAAAUGAAGUAAGAAAUGAUGUAUCAGUAAGGUCCAGUCCAAGAAAAGCCAGCAUUGCUCCUGCAUGUGUUUCUCCUGUUACUCCCACAAUGGCUCGCAAAUUUUUUACUUCACGUAGUCCAAAAUCAGAUUCAAAACGGUGGUCCACGACAACUCGAGGGGGAGUUUUUCACAUAAAAUUCAAAGCUGAAAGCACUGCACAAUUGAAAAGAAAAUCUAAACCAAUGAAAAAGAAAAUCCCUUUGGAUAUUAGAGUUGUCAAGUCUAAAAAGUUUGUCACGGCGCCUACCAGAAAAGUUAGAUCCAAACAAAACAUUUUUUCUGUUAAUGAGAGUCAAGCUAGAUUUAAACUCACAAGUGAUCAGAUCAUGUCACCUGUUGUAGUAUUGAGCCAAGAGGAUCAGAAGAUUUGUAAGAUUAGUUCAGAAAGUAUUUUAAGAAUGGAUAAACCAAACGUAACAACGAGCUUAAGUUCUCGGAAAGAGGGGGAAACUAUACUUUCAGGAAAUAUCCAAGUUUCUUCACCAGAUCAAUCAUCAGGAAAUUUGGGUUCAUCACCCAAGAAAUGUUACCCAAUAUUUGCAAAGGCAUCCUCUUCCAAACCAAUGAACAGUGUCGAUAAAAGUGGUACUAAGUCUCCAGCUACUAGAAAAGCUUCCCCAAGAAUUAAACCUCGUGUCAGAUAUAGUACGAAAGGUGACAAGAAAGAACAGUUAAUAAUUGAUGCUGGCCAGCGGGAAUUGGGUGCAAGGCAGUGUCCUACUUGCAACAUGGUGUACAUGAUUGGUGAACCCCAAGAUGAGAAGUGUCAUUCAAGCUAUCAUGACAUGUUUAUAUCUCGUCUGAAAUUUCCCGGCUGGAAAAAAGAACGGGUGCUUGGUGCCUUUAUUGAUGGUCGUGUUAUCAUGGUGUUACCAACAGAUUCUAGUUUUAUGGUGAAAAAGGUUGAAGAAAUUCGGCAAUUCGUGGACAGGUUUGUAGUUUUGAUUACUGAUACUUUUCCAAUUUAUGCUACAACUUUUAAGUUGUAG